AUGUCUCUGCGGGGGGAAGUGUGCGUGGUGACGGGGGCCGCAGGGUUCCUGGGGAAGAGGCUGGUGAGGCUGCUGCUGGAGGAGGAGCAGGCCGCUGAGAUACGACUGCUGGACCGGCGGGUGCAGCCGCAACUUUUACAGGCUCUGGAGGACUGUCGAGGCGACACCCUGCUGAGCGUCUUCGAGGGCGACAUCAGAGACGGAGAAUUCCUGAGGAAAAGCUGCCGGGGAGCAUCGGUCGUGUUCCACAUGGCGUCCAUCAUCGACGUGAAGGACGCGGUGGAGUACGGCGAGAUACACGCCGUCAACGUCAAAGGAACGCAGCUGCUCCUGGAGGCCUGUGUCCAGGAGAACGUGGUGUCCUUCAUCUACACCAGCACCAUCGAGGUGAUGGGGCCGAACCCGAGGGGCGAGCCCGUCGUCAACGGCGACGAGGACACGGCGUACGAGUGCGCUCUGAAGUUCGCCUACAGCAAGACCAAAAAGGAGGCGGAGCGGCGGACCCUGCAGGCCCACGGCGAGCUCCUGCACAACGGCGGCCGGCUGGCCACGUGCGCCCUGCGGCCCAUGUACAUCUACGGGGAGGGCUGCCGCUUCCUGCUGGGCCACAUGGCCGACGGCGUGCGCAACAAAGACGUGCUGUUCCGCAUGUCUCGCCCGGAGGCCCGGGUGAACCCCGUGUACGUGGGCAACGUGGCGGCGGCCCACCUGCAGGCGGCGCGCGGCCUCCAAGACCCGCAGAAGAGGAGCGCCAUCGGGGGAAAGUUUUACUUCGUCUCCGACGACACGCCGCCGGUGAGCUACUCCGACUUCAACCACGCGGUGAUGGCGCCGCUGGGCUUCGGCGUGCAGGAGAAGCUCGCGUACCCCCUGUGGCUCCUCUACUCCGUCUGCUUCCUGAUGGAGGUGCUGUGCGCCGCGCUGCGGCCUCUGGUGCGCGUGGUGCCGCCGCUGAGCCGGCAGCUCGUCACCAUGCUGAACACGCCGUUCAGCUUCUCCUACCAGGGGGCCAAGAGGGACCUGGGAUACGCCCCCAGGUACACCUGGGAGGAGGCCCGCCGACGCACCACCGAGUGGCUCGCCUCGGAGCUGCCCGCGGAGAGGCAGAGGAUGAGAGCCAAGUAGGUGAGGUGGGGCCCCCCCCCCGCCCCCCCCCGAGGUGUUCAAUUCAUUCACUGCUUCACGUGGCUCCGGCAGCUCUCUCAAGCCGCCACCAGGGGGCCCCGUGGUCCCACAGUCUGCGUCCCCUGUUGUGUCUGUACCGCUGUGUCCUGUGUGUGGAUUAAAGUUCAUGGUGGAAAAACAACUUGCAUUGGACAGAAAAAUUAUU